AUGGCUGGGAACCCCCAAUCUCAGCCAGAGCAAUCAGAGUCAGCACAAAUCAAUACCAGUCCCGAAGCAUGCCGAAAACGACUUCAUCACGAUGCCUAUACGAUCGGGUGGGUGUGCGCUCUUCCAAAGGAACAAACCGCAGCCAGAACCAUGCUAGACGAAGAGCACGACGGUCUUUCGACCCCUCUCAAUGACCAUAACACAUAUAUCCUUGGCUCAAUCUGCAGCCACAACGUCGUCAUUGCCUGCCUACCCACCAUGGGAACCAACCCUGCCGCGACUGUGGCUAACUCCAUGAUUAAUACGUUCCCAUCGAUCAGGUUCGGGCUUAUGGUAGGGAUUGGCGGCGGGAUUCCGUCGAAGGUCAAUCUGGGUGAUGUGGUGGUCAGCCAACCUGUUGCUGGCUAUCACGGCGUGGUACAAUGGGAUAUGGGGAAGCUAGAACGGGGUGGACGGUUUGUCCACACGGGCUCGCUGAAUAGACCCCCGAAUGCGCUGCUCAGUGCGUCAAAUCUGCUGAAAAGUAACCAUGAGAUGUACGGAUCGAAGAUAAAUGAGUACCUGGAUGACAUAGGAAAGAAAUUCCCGCGACUAGCGCUGAGAUAUACCAGAUGUGAGUACCUGGAAGAUCCAUUGUUGGUAUCCGACAGGACCCAAAGAGAAGUGAGGGUGCACCAUGGCCUGAUCGCAUCCGGCAACAAGGUGAUUAAGGAUGCGCAGUUCCGAGACUCCCUCGACAAAGCAUUUGGCGGGCACUUGCUAUGCGUGGAGAUGGAGGCAGCUGGGCUCAUGAAUGACUUUCCUUGUAUUGUUAUCCGGGGCAUUUGUGACUAUGCGGACUCGGGAAAAGAGAAAACCUGGCAGGAGUUUGCUGCAGCUGUGGCCGCUGCAUACGCAAAGGAACUUCUGGGAUGUCUGCAGCCCAGGAUUGUUGAUGACGAGUACUCAGCCAAGGCCAUAUUGGAAAAGGUCCAUGAAGAUAUAUCGAGAAACACGAAGGAUAUCACUGACCUAAAGUCGAACUUGGUCAAAGAAGAAGAUACCAGGAUCCUAAACUGGCUUACGCCAGUUGAGUAUGGCCCUCAACACACAGACUACGUCAGAGACCUGCCUAAAGGAACAGGUAUAUGGUUUCUUGCGUCUGAUGAGUACGAAGAGUGGUUGAAAACCGCCCAAAUGUUGUUCUGUCCUGGCAUUCCUGGAGCAGGGAAGACAAUCAUCACCGCGAUUGUGAUUCAAAACCUUUUCGAAAGAUUCCAGACUGAUACCACUGUUGGCAUCGCCUAUAUCUACCUUAGCUUCGGAAAGCGGGCGGAACAAACAGUUGACGCUCUCCUCCUCAGUGUUACGAAGCAAUUGCUCCGACAACACCAAUCCAUGCCGGGCGAGGUGAAAGCUCUGUAUGACAAGCAUCAGAAAGCGAGCACUACGCCGUCCUCUGACGAAAUAGUCGAGGCUGUUCAUAGAGCAUGCAGGCUGUACUCGCGGGUCUUCGUUCUUGUCGAUGCGCUCGACGAAUGCAUGCAAUCCACUCGGGCAGAAUUCUUAUCUGAGAUAUUUAACAUGCAGGCAAAGGGAGAGCUGAGUCUCUUUGCUACAUCAAGAUUCAUCACGGAUAUCUGCGAGCAAUUCAAGAAUGGCCUUAGCUUGACAAUUCGUGCGGAUGAUGGAGACGUUAAAACAUAUUUGGAUCGCAAUAUGUCAAAACUUCCACUCUGCGUGGGCCGCAAUAAAGGUCUACAACAGGAUAUUAAACGCUGCAUUGCAGGAUCCGUUGAUGGAAUGUUUCUGCUGGCCAAGCUUUAUAUUGGCUCCCUCGAGGAUAAGAUGACGCCCAAGGCCAUUCAGGGUGCAUUAAUCCAAUUUCAGAGACAGGAUCCAGGUCCAGGUGAAGGCCAGAAACAGGGAUUACUGUCAAAAGCUUACGAUGAUGCAAUGGACAGGAUCAGGGGUCAGAGCAAAGGCCGUUGGGACCUUGCUAGACGAGUUCUUUCCUGGAUAUCCUGUGCUAGGCGGCCUUUAACUAUACCAGAGCUUCAGCAUGCACUUGGCGUUGAGACUGGAGCGUCUAUGCUUGACGAGACAAACAUCCCGGAGCUCGAAGACAUGAUCUCUGUAUGUGCAGGAUUGGUUACCCUCGACGAAGAAUGCAAAAUACUCCGCUUGGUGCACUAUACCACCCAAGAAUACUUUGAACAGCCACAACAAUCGAAUUGGCGUUCAGAUGCCGAGCGAGAGAUUCUCAGAACUUGCAUGACGUAUCUCUCUUUUAGCGUCUUUGAGAGUGGGUUCUGUCAAACUCGUCGCAUGUUUGAGGACCGGCUAGGGUCUAACAAACUCUUCGAGUAUGCUUCACGGAACUGGGGACAUCAUGCCCGCAAAUCAUCGAUUGAAGGGGACCAAUGUAUUUUGGAUUUCCUUAAGAGUCAGGCAAAGGUCUCGGCUUGUGCCCAGGCAAUGAUGCCUUGGAGGUGGGACACCAGUUACAAUACUGGAAGUGGGAUGACAGGACUUCAUAUCACAGCAUACUUUGGGCUUGAGCAUUCGACGGCAGCCCUGCUCGACUUGCAACACUGUCCAAGCCCCAAAGAUAUAUCCGGCCGUGCUCCGCUACACUACGCCGCAGAGAUUGGGCAUAUAGAGAUAGUGAAGCUGCUGCUCGACAAGGGGGCCGAUCCCAACAUCAAUGAAGUCCACAGUGGCCGGACCCCGCUCUACUACGCCGCUGAGAAGGGGUAUAACGAGGUAGUGAAGCUGCUGCUCGACAAGGGGGCCAAUCCUAACACUAAUGAGGUCCGCGACGGCCGGACCCCGCUACACUGCGCCGUAGGGAAGGGGUAUAACGAGGUAGUGAAGCUGCUGCUCGAUAAGGGGGCCAAUCCUAACAGCAAGGAUAGGAGCAAGAUCAUCCGUGUCGUCUGGACCCCACUAUACUACGCUUCAGUGAUAGGGCAUAACGAAAUGGUGAAGCAACUACUGGACGAAGGUUUCGAUCCUAAUAUCAAUGAGGUCCGCGGUGGCUGGACCCCGCUAUACUACGCCGUAGAGAAUGGGCAUGGGGACAUAGUGAAGCUGCUACUCGACAAGGGGGCCGAUCCCAACAUCGAUGAGGUCCACGGGGGCCGGACCCCUCUGAACUACGCCGAUGAGAAGGGGCAUAACGAGGUGGUGAAGCUGCUGCUCGGAAAAGGCGCCCACCCCGUUUUAAGGACGGCGACGGCGACCGCCAUCGUACCCACCAACACUACGCCGCAGAGAACGGGCACAAAGAAUAAUCGCACUCACCCGCUACGGCAGUCGAUCCGACAGGACGAACUGUAG